GCGUAUGUUGCGUUGGAUGUGUGGACAUACCAGAAAAGACCGCCUGAGGAAUGAGGUAAUCAGACAAAAGGUGGGAGUAGCACCUAUAGAAGAUAAGAUGCAGGAGUCUCGUUUGCGGUGGUUUGGGCAUGUGCAUAGAAGACCGAGUGAUGCACCUGUUAGACGACUUGAGGGGUGGGGAGAAGAGUCAGAGAAGAGAGGGAGGGGAAGACCCAAACAGACUUGGAUUAGAGUAAUCAGAACUGAUAUGCGUCUUCUUGGGUUGGAUGAGAGUAUGGCUUUGGAGAGAGCAAAGUGGAGGGCGCACAUCUAUGUGGACGAUUGAUGUCUUGUCUACAUUUCCUCUCUUGUUUCUUUUAUCGUUUAUCUUCCUUAUCUUUUUAUAUUCUUAUGUUAUGUUAUUCUUAUGUUAUGUUAUAUGUUAUUUUUAUCUUCUAGCUUUUUUAUGUUCUUUUAUUUAUUUUUCUUUUAUCUUGGUUAUAUUCUUGUGUUAUUAUUAUCUUAUAUUUAUGUAUCUUUAUUUUAUUCAUUUUAUCUUACUUUUUUUUUUCCUUUUCUUGUCCGCCUUCUCUUUUUGGCAUCGAUAUCAUAGAUCGAUUCAUGUUAGCCGACCCCAAAUUCUUUUGGGAUUAAGGCUUGGAUGUUGUUGUUGUUGUUGUUG